AUGUCUGAAGAAAUUGCUGUCUUUACAAAUGAGCCUAAAAUUAAAAUUGAGCCACAAGAUUAUUCAAUAGAAGAGAUUCAAGGUGAAAAUGAACAAGGGGGUGAUGAUAAAUCAAAACCUUGUUCAGAUGAUGAUGAAGCUCCCUUGGAAAUAUUCAUGGAGUCUUCAGAAGUCACAGAGGAUCAGGAAUUAAACCAGGCUCAUAAGAUCGAACACAACUGUCCACAUUGCACACAGACUUUUUCAGAUGCAAGUUCUUUAAAAACACACCUCAAAAUCCAUACCAGUGAAAAGCCUUUUGUAUGCAAAAUAUGCUAUAGAGUCUUUGCUAGAAGUGGCAAUUUGGAUCAACACAUGCGUAUCCACACCAAAGAACGACCUUACGAAUGUAAUAUAUGUAAUAAAACAUUCAAUCGUCCCCAGAAUUUAAAAAACCACAUGUACUCUCACAGCACAGAACGUCCUUACAAAUGUGAUAAAUGUGGCAAAGCCUUCGGUCAAUCUAGUAUUUUAAAACAACACAUGCGCUCCCAUAGCGAAGAACGUCCUUACACAUGUGGUAUAUGCGAUUGUAAAUACAAAGACUACACAAACCUAAUGAGACACAUGCUAGUACACAGCGAAUUACAACCUUAUAAAUGUGACAUAUGCAAUAAAUCAUUUACCCAAGCCGGGGGCAUGAAAAGACACAUGCUUCUUCACACCGGUGAACGUCCUUACAAAUGUGAUGUAUGCGAUAGAACAUUUACUCAAUCGAGUGGCAUGAAAAUGCACAUGCUUAUCCAUACCGGUGAGCGUCCUUAUAAAUGUGACAUAUGUGAUAAGACUUACACAGGUUCGGGUGCUGCUAAAAAGCACAUGUUAAUACACACUGGGGAACGUCCCUAUAAAUGUGAAACGUGUGAUAAAAGAUUCACUUAUUUGGGGGAUUUGAAAAAGCAUGUGUUAAUACAUACUGGAGAGCGUCCACAUAAAUGUGAAUUGUGCGAGAAGACAUUUACACAAUCAGGAAGUCUGUCGAAACAUCUGCUUUCUCAUAAGGGGGUACUACCACAUAAAUGUGAAAUUUGUAAUAGAGGUUAUGUUGAUAAACGAAGUUUGAUGAAUCACAAAUGUACAAAAAACUCUUAA